CAAAAAAUCGCUUAGUAGAGUAUAAACCAACUAUCUGUUUUUAAUUCAAUUGAAAACAAUAAAAAGAUAAGUGCCGAACGCAACCAUAUCGAUUGUUAUGUCACAUUUUCACUGAAAACUGAACAGAUUUUAGUUUUUUGUUAUGAAUUGAUUCUGGGUAUCCCCACCAGUAAAGGAUACCUCAACGAAAAUGACGUCUCUCAUGAAGACUGCCGUGGUCAAAGUGGUAAACACCAGCCAGGGAUGUAAAAUAGCGGCAUGUACGUUCGUUCAACAUCGAAAUAUUGCCGGCAAGGCGCUAAGAGACUCGAUGCCAAAGCCGCCACCCAAACCGGCGCCCUUUGACUACGUGAACAAGGACUACACUGUGCUCCGGAGCUUCUUUGACAGAACCACUCAUAGAUUCGAUCAGAACUCGAAAGUCAUCGUAGUUGAAGGCCCCGUGGCUGCUGGGAAAACUAAAUUCGCUUCUGAACUAGCUCAGGACCUUGGGAUGAAGCAUUUCCCAGAACCCACGAUGGAUUUUCAUUACAUCCGCCCGAACGGAGUCGAUUUGAGGAUAUUUGAUAAGGAUAUACCUGAAGACGUGAGGACUUUCGAUCAUAAGGAUUUCAAUAACUGUCCCAACCAUCGUUUGGCUGGAAACUUCCAAAUCAUGAUGUUCACUGCAAGAUAUUCGCAAUAUAUUGAUGCCUUAGCUCAUUUGCUGAAUACUGGCGAUGGUGUAGUACUGGAAAGGUCUCCGUGGUCAGACUUUGUUUUUCUGGAGGCAAUGGUGUCUCAGAACUACAUUAGUAAAAAUGUCAAAAGUGUUUAUUACGAGCUAAGGAAUGCUACCAUUGAGGAGCUGAUGAGGCCUCAUCUGGUGAUCUACUUGGACCUGCCUGUUGCCAGGGUACAAGAAAAGAUUAAGGCCCGCAGCUUACCAUACGAGACGGGCAAGGCUCUGACCGUCCCGUACCUCACAGAGAUGGAGAGGCAGUACAAGAACAAGUAUCUGAGAGACAUUUCAACUCACGCUGAACUGCUUGUGUAUGAUUGGACCGGAGGUGGCGAGGUGGAAGUUGUAGUCGAAGACAUAGAACGCCUGGACUUUGAUAAGUACACGGAACGCGAGGAGCCUAAGAUGAAGGACUGGAGGCUUCCCCGCGAGGUGGACUGGGCGGACCAGCGAAUGUUGUACACUAACCAGAAGCAUGUCCUCAUGAACCUCUUUGCCAUACCCAGAGUUGACGUGCCGGAGCUUAUUACCAGCGCUGACGAUGCUUAUGUUAGGGAUCAGGCAAUCGCAGCGCACCCCGACUUCCAAUACGAGGUGGGCUACAACUCGAAGGAUGGCAACACUCUGCUGAAAAACAAGAUGCCGAAGUACACGGAAUAUAUCUAAUUAUUUGUUGAAUUGUAGCUGGGAAUUAUUUAAUAAAAUUGUGUAUUUAUAGUUA